AUGGUAAGGUAUCUGUCUGAGUGGUACAUGCAACAAUUUGACUAUGUUCAGACUAUACCCAGAUCUCCAACUCAGGCUUCUCGUGACACCAUUGCUCGCUGGGAUCUCAAUGACAUUUUUGAAGAUUGGGAGCAGCAUAUGGUGCCAGAGGAGUAUCGGUUGAUGCAAGAAUCCAGCAGUUGGCAAUAUGUAGAAGGAUACGUGAUAUGGUUCUACACAGUGUCUCACCCUAUCAUGACAUUGGAUGCUCUUGGACAUCCACCUAGGUCAGCUCAUGAGAAGAUUUUGGAGAACCAGCAGUUGAUUGGGCAAGAGGCUUUGGAGUCAGGGAUCAUUGAGAGGGGUAGUCCCGAGGCGGUGUCCAUCAUGGAGAGGGUAGUUAGCGAGACAUCGAGUGUAGUGGGAUACAAGAGGCCAGAGGAGUAUCGGUUGAUGCAAGAAUCCAGCAGUUGGCAGUAUGUAGAGGAAUACGUGACAUGGUUCUACACAGUGUCUCACCCUAUUAUGACACUGGAUGCUCCUAGACAUCCAUCUAGGUCAGCUUAUGAGAAUAUUUUGGAGAACCAGCAGCGGAUACAGUUGAUUGGACAAGAGGCUUUGGAGUCAAGGAUCAUUGAGAGGGGUAGUCCCGAGGCGGUGGCCAUCAUGAAGAGGGUGGUUAGCGAGACAGUGAGUGCAGUGGGAUACAGGAGGCCGAGGAGGGGCCAGGGGUGA